AUGGCGCCAUUGAUUCUCCUACUCUGCAUCGCAGCCGCUGUAGCACCGGGCGCACAUGGCGGCCGAGAGAAGUUCCCUGUGCAGAUAACCAAGUCCAAGUUCGACAUGACCGCGUGUCGCCGCGUGUACGGCAUGAAGCCGGCAGUGUCCGGGAUUAUCGGCACGACCAUGGAGAGGUCGUGGGCGUAUAAAACAUCCUACGCGUUCCUCGCUACGGGCCUCCCUUCCGCGCCGAGCAGCCAGGCAGUCGUCGCUGGCUUCCCGUGCGACCCACUCGCGCCGCCCUCGACGGUGCUCGACCUGCCCGGCACGUGGCAGCAGAUGCCAUACAAGCGCGGCGUGGCGUGGCAGCUCACGGGGAACGUCGCGAGUAGCGCAAUCGUGACGUCGUUUCAGAACCAGAAGAGCCGAGCGAAACGUUCGAGGGUGAAGAUUUACGCGAUGGUGAAUGUCAACGGUACGGUACUGUACGGUGAAAUGGAUGCGUAG